AUGGACGAGGACGAGCACAACAUGUACAACAUCUUAAGCAAAGGCAAUGCUUCGCACCCAGGAUACCAUCACGUCCGGACAGCCCUCGACUUAUCUACCAUACCCCGAAAAGGUGGCGAUCAUCGUUGUCUUGUGCAGAAACCAAUGUGGGAUAGCUUCAAGGACCUCUUGAAUAGGAACCCGGUGCAUCGCUUCACGGACGAGCUGCUAAGAGCCGGGUUGUCGCAAGUGUUUCUCGCACUCGAUUACCUUCACACAGAAGCUAAGGUCAUACAUACAGACAUAAAAGCCGACAACAUCCUCAUAGAAAUCGAGGAUCAGGGCAUCCUGGAAGCCUUUGUCGACGCCGAAAUGACAAGUCCCUCGCCGCGCAAAGUCGUAGACGGCAAGCCAAUCUACGCGACACGCCAAUUCGGAUUACCGAAAGAAUACGGUCGUGUUGUCGUUGGAGACUUCGGCUCUGCAGUCCGUGGCGACAAACCCCAGAUUCACGAUGCGCAACCAGACGUCUACCGCUGUCCAGAGGUGAUGCUGAAGACAGAAUGGGGUUAUUCUGCUGACAUCUGGAACGUGGGAGCGAUGAUUUGGGACUUAUACGAGGACAAACACCUCUUUCACGGCAUCGAUCCAACCGAAAAGCGAUACCUGACUAGAGUUCAUCUCGCGGAGGUAGUCGCGAUGCUCGGUCCGCCGCCAAUAGACAUGCUAGAGAGAGGAGCGCGGAGUAAAGAAUUCUUCGAUGGUGAAGGGAACUGGAUAACCGAGAUUGACAUACCGCAAGGUUUGUCGUUGGAGGGAUCUGAAGAGAACCUGCAUGGGGAAGAGAAAGAGGAGUUUCUGCGGUUUGUGAGGUGCAUGUUGCAGUGGAGGCCGGAGGAUCGGUGGACCGCGAAGGAGUUGCUUGGGCAUCCUUGGAUGAGAGGAAAGUGA